CAGCCCUUUUCCCCUCCAUCUUUCAUCUCCACCAGAACUCAUUUCCGUCAAAUCGAUAUCCAAGAUCCAUCGACUGCGGUGCCCAGCUAGAUUCCCAGCUGAUGUGAAUUGAAUUUCGACGUAGACAAGCUUGGUGAAGUUAAACAAAAGAACAAAGUGAAGUCGAAAGCGUUCUUAAAUAGAGGCUUGAGGAACUCGUGAUUAUGGACGCAGUCACUUCGUCGAAUACUCAAAUGACUUUACAGCAGCAGGCGCAGCGACUGGCACUAGAACUGCCACAGCAAGCUCAACAGUCACAAGCACCAUCAACAAAUCUGACUAACUCAAUAAGCAUCAGCGAGCUUGAGAGUGAUCUUAGUGAUUUGAAAAACCAAUUGCUUAAUCAGAACGAACCACAUCAGCUUAGUCAUCAAUCCAAUGAACUUAUCAAUGAACUCAAAUGUCAAUCUCAUGACCAAAUCGACAUUUCAAUCGGUUCAAGCUCAACACUCCUCAGCAAUUCAACUCAUCAACCUCAACAUAGUUCCUCAAACCAUACUCUGGCAAUCGACCCAAAUCUAUCUAAUAUCAAUCCUAUCAACAACUCGCAAGACGCUUUUCUUGCUGUCCCAACUCAAUCUUCAUCGGUCAUCAAGGAAGAUUCUAUCAAUCAUGCCUUCCUAUCUCUCAAUAAAUACUCAUAUGGUACUGCUUCGGACGAUAACACUUCACAAACCAACACCCUUACAAAACAACAGCCUCUGUUAACAAGUGAGAUGGUCGAACAUUCGCUCACUCCACUCAGAGUUGGUAAAAAAUGGGCUUGUAGAAUCUGCUAUAGAGAAUUCACUAGGAGAUUCAAUUGUACCACUCAUGAGCGUACUCAUCUCGAUCUAAACGAGAGAGCUCAAUAUCGCUGCGGACUUUGUCCGCGAGGGUUCACAAGACGACAUGACCUAGAAAGACAUGUUCACUCGGUCCAUCCUGGUCAUAUGUUAGAGAAAGAAUCGUCUUCCUCAUCAUCACCAUCACAACCCAUCACUAUCGUCCAGACUGCGUCGGUCAGUCCCAAGAGGAAAUCAAAUGAUCACAUCUUGACCGAUGCUACGGCGAACAAGAUCAGGAAAUUAGAAAGCCCAGAGUGGCAACAGCACCAUGAAUCCGGUAGUGAUCAACAGCUUAGAAUCUUAGUUGAACCCAGAUCAGCUUCAACUAGCACUAAUCCAUUUGCACUUCUCCUACCUCACCAAGAUGGACCUGCUCCUACUGCGAUUUUAACAGCUGGCUCGAUCAGAGACAUUUCAACUGCUGUUGAAAGAAUCGCCUUGGAAAUUUUACCGAGUUUGAAUCCUAAUAAUGAUCCUAUCUUUAAAUUUGAGAAGAAAUGGGCAUGUGGUACAUGUGGAAGAUUAUUUGUUAGACGAAAUAAUUGUAAGGCUCACGAGCUAACUCACAGAGAUAUACGGGAGUACCAAUGUGCGACUUGCUCGAGAUCUUUUUCGAGAAGACACGAUCUAGAAAGACAUAUCACAGCUGUCCAUCCUGAUCAAUUAAGGUAUCCAUCACACACCGAAAGCGAAGGGGAAGAGCAACCCGAAGCGCAAGAAGAAGUUUAUGACCAAGCACUAUUGCCACGCUCUCCCACACCACCGCCACCACCGCCAUCACCACCAACACGACCGAGGCCAUGUAAGGCGGAAGAUAAAACAAGUUUAAAUAUCUUUGAAACUUUGCCUGGAGCAGAACCAACUGAAGCAAAAGAAGAGUCAUUUGAUCCAAGUUUGUUCAAUAACAGUGGUGAACUUGAUGAUAUUGAUGAUGAAAAAACUUUAUUGGAAAAAGUUCAAAGGUUUGUAUGGGGUAGUUUUAAUCCUGCUUAGGAAUGAAAAGAACAGAAAUUAUGUUUUGCUCUUUAUUCUGUUUACAUAUUCAUUUCUUAAUAAUGAUAUUGGUUGGUUUGAUGAUGUUGUAUCUUUUUUUGUAAGAUCACUGAGAGGAUCCUCAAUUUUUGUUUUGAUUGAUCAUGAAUUUGGCAAAUUACUUAAUUCAAGUCUUGAGUAUGAUCUUUAAAAGAAAAUAAUUGUUUUGAUUUUUCAUAC